UUGUUUUGUUUUGUUUUGUUUUUAAAAUUAAAAUAGUUUAUUCCGCAUAAACUCGGUGCCCUGCGAUUUCGUCGGCAGUCUGGAAAGUUGCAAACUUUUAAUUAACAGCUUCAUACUGCCCCACCUGCGGACUGUGCUUGCUGAGCUGGAACACGAUGCGCUGUUCAAAGAAGGCGGAGUACAUUUUAAAUUAUUGUUAACGGGUUAAAUCCUGUAAAAAAAAAAAAAGAAAGAAAGAAAGAAAGAAAACUCCUGCCUGGAUCACACGUUACAGUAUUGAAUAGUUUCGUUAACUUUCAGCUGCAGGUGUACCAUUUAUCAGGGUUUACCUGAAUCUGUCUUUGAACUCUACCGGAGGCUGAAGAUACAGUACCAGAAAAAUGGAGAAAGGAUAAAAAAAAAAGGGAGGAGGAUUUGUGACCCGUAACUAGAAAGUGCACUCUGGCCACUGGGCAGAAGAUAGGAUGUCCAGGUUGUCCAGUAUCUCCUCAGACUGACCCCCCCCCCCACCCCGUACCAGCAGAUGAAGAUGAAAAUGGAAGGCUUUUGGAUUCACAGAUACCGGAAGCAGCUCGUGAGAUCGAUCUCGGGGCCCUUCCUGGAGAACAUCGUGAGUCACGUGAGGAAGCUGGAGCUCAUCAGCCGCGACGAGGCCUCGCAGAUCCAGGAGGCCGGGCUGCUCUGCGAGAAGGUGCGGACCGUCAUCGACAUCCUGGCCGGGAAGGGAACCCUGGGCUCCGAGACCCUCCAGGCUUUCAUCAAGGCCACCAACUCCCAGCUCUACCUGCUCAUCACCCUCUACGACCCGAUGGUUCAGAAACACGUGGAGGUUCUGCAGAGCCGAUACGGGACCUGGAUGGAGCAGGGGCUGCUGUCGGAGAAGCUGUCCCUGGACCGAUUGAACAGCCUGCUGCUGGUGGAGGGGCUCUCGGACCUCCAGCAGAAGGAGCACGACGUCAUGCAGAUCGAGGCCACCAAGGGCACGGUGAGGCAGAGUGCCAAGCCCAUCGCCCUGGAGAAGCUGCUGCAGCCCGUGACCAGGGUGAGCAUGCCCCCCCGCAUCCUGCUCACGGUGGGGGUGGCCGGCAUUGGGAAAAGCACACUGCUCAGUCUCUUUAUCCACCGCUGGGUGAAGGGUGAGAUCUACCCGGACGUGAGCUUCGUGCUUCCCUUCACCUUCUGGGAGCUGAACACUUACGAGAAGCUGUCGGCCGAGCGGCUGGUCAGGUCGGCGUUCCCCCACAUGGCAGAGUCCGGUCACGUCUUCAACGGGACGGCCCGCGUCCUCCUGAUCUUCGACGGGCUGGACGAGUUCAAGCCCACCCUGGAUUUCUCGGACACGAUGGCCUGUACCGACCCCAAGAAGGAGGUGCCCGUGGACAACCUGAUCACCAAUAUAAUCCGGGGAAACCUGUUCCCGGAUGCGUCUGUCUGGCUGACAUCUCGGCCCACCGCGGCGGCUCAGAUCCCUGGGGGCCUGGUGGACAGGAUGACGGAGAUCCGAGGCUUCACCAAGGAGGAGAUCCAGGAUUUCCUGAACCAGCUUUUCCAGGACGGAGAGCUGUCCUCCCGGGUUUGGUCCCACUUGAACUCCAGCAAGGUCUUCAAUGUGAUGUGCUACAUGCCCUGCACCUGCUGGAUCGUGGGCUCCACCCUCGGCUACCUCCUCAGGAGCGGCACCCAGGACGGACAGGGCUUGCCCAAAACCUGGACUGAGCUGUACUCUUACUUCUUUAAGAUGGUAGCGGAAGGGGAUUUGCAGACCAAGGACAAGGAACCCCUGAGGUUCGAGCAAGCCUUCGGCAACAGCAGGAAGCUGAUGGCAAACCUGGGGAAGCUGGCCUUUUACGGGCUGAUCAAGAGGAAGUACACUUUCUACGAGCAGGACAUAACGGCCUACGGGAUUGACCUGCCCUCGCUCCAGGGCAGCCUCGGCAGCCGCGUCCUUGUCAAGGAGGACUCGCCAGUCUGCACCGUCUACUACUUUGCCCACCUCACCCUGCAGGAGUACCUGGCCGCCACUUUUUACUACACAGCUGCCAAGCGGGCCAUCUUCGACCUCUUCACGGAGAAUGGCAUGUCCUGGCCCAAGAUCGGCUUCCAGAACCACUUCAAGAACGCCCUGCAGAGGGCGCAGCAGUCCAAAGACGGUCAGCUGGACAUCUUUGUCCGCUUCCUGUCGGGGCUGCUUUCCCCGCAUGUGGUCAAGCCCCUCUCAGGACUCCUGCUGCUAGCCAGGGACGAGCACAGCGGGUACCGAGGUCCUGCCAUCUCCCUCCUGCAGGGCUGCCUUAGCACAGGCACCGUCUCCCUCCGCACUGUCAACGUGGUGCACUGCCUGCAAGAGCUGCAACAUGUAGAGCUGGCCCGCACCGUGGAGGAGUCGCUCCGCAACGGCAGCCUGGCGGGCAAGUUCACCUCCGUCACCUGCUCGGUGCUGGCCUACCUGCUACAGGUCUCUGAGGAGUGCACGGAGGAGACCAACCUCUCCAACUGCCUAAACUACAGCAUCGUCAAGAGCCUGCUGCCCCAGCUCCUGUACUGUAACAACCUCAGAUUGGAAAAUAACAAUUUCAAAGAUGAUGUCAUGGAUUUGCUGGGCAGCUUGCUGAGUGCUAAGGACUGUCACAUUCAGAAGAUCAGCCUCGCUGAGAAUUCCAUUGGCAACAAAGGAGCCAAAGCCAUCGGCCGGUCUCUGAUGGUGAACAGGAGCCUCACUGCACUCGACCUCCACAGCAAUAACAUCGGGCCGAAGGGAGCAAAGGCGCUGGCAGACGCAGUCAAGAUAAACCAAGGACUUGUAUCGCUCAACCUCCAGAACAACUUCAUUGGAGAAGAGGGGGCCAAGGCAGCAGCUGAGAUCCUACAGUCCAACCGCAACCUCUGCACCCUGCACCUGCAGAAGAACUCCAUCGGCCCAGAAGGAGUGAAGCGCAUUGCGGAAGCACUGAAGAACAACAGGAGCUUGAAAGAACUCAUGCUCUCCAGCAACCAGCUUGGAGACAAGGGUGCGAUUGCACUGGCGAAGGCUCUGAAACAGAACCACAGCCUGACCGCUCUCGACCUCCAGAGCAACUCGAUCAGCAACAAAGGGGUGACGGCACUCACUGAGGCUCUCAAACACAACAGGGGACUGAUCGACUUGAACCUUCGCGAGAACUCAAUCGGGGUGGAGGGUGCGAAGGCGAUCGCCAAUGCACUACGAGAAAACGGCACGCUGAGGAACCUCGAUUUGACUGCUAACCUGCUGCACGACGAGGGAGCCAAGGCCAUUGCAGGAGCAGUGAAGGUGAACCGGAGCCUCACCUCCCUGCAUCUCCAGUGGAACUUCAUCAAGUCGAACGCUGCGAAAGCCUUGGCUCAAGCACUACAGUCCAACAGCAGCCUCCAGAGUCUUGACCUGCAGGAGAACUCCAUUGGGGAUGAGGGGAUGGUUGCCCUGGCAGACGCUCUCAAGACCAACACCGCCCUCACCAUGCUCUAUCUGCAGGGAGUGUCGGCGGGUGUGAUGGGAGCCAUUGCCCUGGCAGAUGCACUGAGGGUGAACAAGACCCUGCACACUCUUGACCUGCGCGGAAAUUCCAUCGGGAUGGAAGGAGCCAAAGCAAUGUCCAACGCACUAAAAAUAAACGACACGCUCAGGUCCCUAAAUCUUCAGGAGAACUCACUGGGGAUGGAUGGAGCCAUAUUUAUUGCUAAAGCCCUCACUGGAGACCAUCGUCUCACCUAUAUAAAUCUUCAAGGUAACUCGAUCGGAGAGUCUGGGGCGAAGAUGAUUUCUGAUGCCAUCAAAACAAAGUCGCCCGACUGCGUGGUGAAGAUCUGAACCGGGCUGGACGACCUGCGUGGCAUCGGUUAGGAGGUGCAGUGGCGUUCUGUCCGGGGAUCCCUCAGACUAAGUUAAGUCUUAUCUGCUGGCUGAUUUGGUAGGGGUACCUGGAAUCAGUUCUGCUUGGUCUCAGCUCAGGGAAAGCAUGGAAAGGAUGGCACUCUCAUAGGCAUAGACCCAGGGUGGAAGUGUAUGUUGAUGGGGACACUGAAUGCUGCACAAGCCUGCUCUGAGAAUAGACUGAGAACUUCAGUUCCCAAGUUUUAUCACUUUUAUCAUUUGCAAAUUUAACUCCAUCACUCACAUACACAGAAGCACCUUUUAAGGCACUGAAAGCAACUUGGCAGACCUGGUUCACUGUCCAGGCGAUAUGAGAUAUGAAAUACCUUCCAACACUUUGUAGCCCCCCCUGCCUGUGUGUGACAGAGAGCAGCAGAGGACGGAGGAGCUCAUCCUAAACACACAUACAGAAAAACUCCAGCAAGCGCCAUAUUCAUUCAGAGAGAAGUCCCUGCGCAAGUCACAGAGCUCAGUCUGUAAACCGUAACACUGCAACCGGAACAGAAGCAAUUCUGGGGAGUUCAAGGGUUCACCA